AGGCUGUUUGUGUGUGUGUGCGUGUGUUUGUGUGUGUGUGUGUGUGUGUGUGUGACCAAGAGCUCAGCACAGAGGCACAGAGAGAGGCAUUUUGAGUAGCGGAUGGAACACACUCUGCAUUAGUGACAGAGAAAGAGAGAGCGAGAGAGAGCACAGUUAGAGAGUUGAGAGUAGGAAGAGAGUAAGAGAGAGAUUGAGCAAGCGGGUAAGAGGAGAGAGCGAGAGAAAGAGAGGGAGGGAGGGAGUAAGAGGAGAGAGAGGUACAGAGAGUGUAAAAGGGAGAUAGAGAGAGAGAGAGAGACAGAGAGAGAGCAAACGAGGGAGGGGUAAAAGAAGAGAGAGGGGGAAGAGGAAAGAGAGAGAGAGAGGGAGAAUAGCUGAGCUAUCUGCCGUUUCUCUCUCCUUCUCUCUCUCAGUCUGAGUGAAGAGCUGGACUGUUGGAUUGUACCUGUGUUUAUCUCUCUGGGUUGAUCACAGAAGCUCUGACUUGUCCUCUGGUUUCUGACUGCAGUGAAAUACGGCGGAAUACAUCUGACUCUUCUCUCACACACUUACACACACACACACACACACACACUAACACACACACGAACAGUAACGGCGGAUCAUUCUCACUCAGCGAUGGAAAUUGAUGUGUGUGACUGAUUGAGGAUAAUAACGAUGGCCGACCGCGUGAUACAUCCCCCGCAGAAAGCUGAAAUCCCCGUCACUAUCUAAAGGAUACAGUGACCUUCAUGUAUGCACCCUGCUUGACAACCUGCUUCACAUCAGGUAAACUGAAAGGUUGCUUCUCACUGCCAAGGACAACCUGAAAAAACAGAACCUUGGGGACCUGGCCGAAGCAGUAACCUGUUGACGUGCCAACAAGCGUUACUGUAGCUGUGAAGUUAACGGCACUAACUACGCACCCUGUAAGGACUAAUAGCUCACGGAGGAGAAGCAGGAGGCCACGAUGAAAGAGACGCUGUUAGUUGUUUGUUUGUUAGCAGGACUCACAUGGAACGGUUCUGUUCAGUCUUCUGAGCGGACGCUAGCAUGUCUCAAGCUCUGCAAAUGUGGAAUCCGACCCUGGUUCUCUCCAUCAUCUCUUUACAUGGAGGCUCCAACAGUGGACUGUAAUGAUCUGGGACUUCUUUCCCUUCCAGAAAAACUUCCUUUGGACACACAGGUGUUACUGUUACAAAGCAACAACAUCGCAAAGAUAGAGAAAACGUUGGAUUACUUGGUAAACCUAACUGAAGUGGAUGUAUCUCAGAACAACGUAACUCGUCUCAGUGACCUCAAUGUAGGUCACCUUCCCCAGCUUUUGUCCUUGCAUAUGGAGGAGAACAGGAUAAGCAACCUCCAUGAUAACAGUUUUUCACACCUGCCCAAUCUUCAGGAGCUCUAUGUUAACCACAACCUACUCUCCCUGAUCAGUGAUGGCGCUUUUCAAGGACUUGGCAACCUCCUGAGGCUCCAUCUCAACUCAAAUCAACUAAGGGUGAUCAGGCCAGAGUGGUUCAAUGCACUUAACCAACUAGAGAUUUUAAUGAUUGGGGAAAAUCCAAUUGCCCAAAUACAAGAUAUGAAUUUUAAGCCUCUCAGUAAUCUUCUUAGUCUUGUAUUAGCCAGAAUGAACCUUACUGAAAUUCCCGAUAAUGCUCUGGUCGGGUUAAAUAACCUGGAAAGUAUCUCUUUCUAUGACAACAAGUUUGCGAAAGUGCCCCAAAGUGCCCUCAGAAAGGUCCAAAGCCUCAAGUUUCUGGAUCUCAACAAGAAUCCCAUUGAGCGAAUCCGUCGAGGUGAUUUUGUGGAUAUGAUUCAUAUGAAAGAGUUGGGCAUCAACAGCAUGCCAGAGUUGGUUUCGAUUGAUGGUUUUGCGGUCACUAACCUGCCUGAGCUAACGAAGAUUGAAGCGACAAACAACCCCAGACUGUCCUACAUUCAUCCCAAUGCUUUCUAUAAACUGCCCCGGCUAGAGACGCUGAUGCUCAACAGCAAUGCCCUCAGUGCUCUUCACCGUGUUACAGUAGAGUCCCUGCCGAGCCUCCGGGAAGUAAGCUUGCACUCAAAUCCAAUCUACUGUGACUGUGUUGUUCGCUGGAUCAAUAUGAACAAGACCAAGAUCCGCUUCAUGGAGCCUGAGGCACUGUUAUGUACGGGGCCUCCAGAAUUUGAAGGUCGCCAUGUCAGACAUGUGCAUUUCCGGGAGAUGAUGGACACCUGCCUACCAGUUAUCGCUCCUGAAAGCCUGCCAGAUCGCGUUAGCGUGGCUAGUGGACGCUCUGUGUCCUUCCACUGCAGGGCGUUUGCUGAACCAGAUCCUGAGAUAUACUGGGUGACCCCUUCAGGUGAGAAGAUUCUUCCAAGAAUGGCUACAAGCAAGUAUUUUAUGCAUCCUGAGGGAACCUUUGACAUAUAUGAUAUUUCUGAAAAUGAGGCUGGCCAGUACACCUGCGUCGUGCACAACCUGAUAGGGGCAGACACCAGAUCAGUUUCAGUAGUCGUAAACGGGUUCUACCCGGAACCUUCAAAUGGUUCUUUACACGUACAAAUCGUUGCGGUACGUCCCAAUUCUGUCAAGAUUUCCUGGAUACCCCCUAAAAGCAGCUUUGUGUCAAACAUCAUGUGGUCCACCACAACCGUCUCAAACCACCCUUCCUUGCGGUUUACAGCUCGUGUGCCAUCUGAUGUAAGAGUGUUCAACCUCACGCACUUGCACCCGAUGAUGCAGUACGAGGUGUGUGUUGAGAUUACAGACUUGCAAAAAGGCCAUUUAAAGACUUGUGUAAAUGUCAGCACAACAGAGGAAGCUGUUGCAGAGGCUAAAUCUGACAGGAGUGGGGUGGUGGUGAUCAAUUCCAUCGGCCUGCUUUUGGUAGUAUCUGCUGUGACCUGUUCACUCAUUUACAUGUCUCUAAGGAGAGACAGUAUUUACACAAAGUUAAGUGAUCAACCGGCAACAGAGACACCACAGGGUCCUAACGCCUGCCCCUCCCCGGCUCUCACACAGCGCUGCAGGCCUGAAAUGAACGCCACAGCAGUAGACUUAACAAACACCACCAACUAAAUGACACUAUAAAGAGAAACAAAGUGAUGGGAAAAAAGACACAAAACUGUAUGACUGACUAUCCCAUUGUUUUGUUGUUGAGAGAGCCUGCUGGAUCACUACAGAAUGGAAUUCAGGAGGCACUCAGGUGCUGCAGUCCCAGAACAUUUUGUGACAUUGACAUUGUCUCCACUCAACACCUGCUUUUGUGUAAACGUCACACGUGGGCAUCGGUAUGGUCCAGAUCGGGCUGCCUGAGGGAGCUGUUCCUUCAAGCGGGAUCAAGUCACAGAAUGAGAAAGGUUGUGUCCGGAUGCCUGACUGAUCACGAACAAUGUGAAGCCACAGUGGCUUUUGUUUCUCUUGUGGGCUUGUAGCAAUACUCUCUGUUCGGCUUCAGUGGGAAAGUAAACUAAGUAAUCUUUAUGAUGGACUAUGUUUAUAGAGUAGAUCACAAUAUACAGAACAUGAUGUACAACACUUUGUGACAAAAAUACAUUUAUAAUGAAACCAA